AACAGUCUUGAAGUCAGCAUGGACAUGAAUUUGUCAGCGCGUUGUGCUUUGGUUCUUUUUCUGUUGGCAUUUGUAGAUUUGAAAAUAGUCUCUGCUGCAGAACCGGGAGGCACAUCUACAGCAAAGCCUGGAGUGUGCCCUGUUAGACAAUGGGACGUGGGGAUAUGUGCAGAGCUAUGUUCCAAUGACAGUGACUGCCCCAAUGAUGAAAAAUGCUGCCACAAUGGAUGUGGGCGUAACUGCAUUGCACCUAACACAGCAAAGCCUGGAGUGUGCCCUCGUAGACCAUGGGGCAGAGGGACGUGUGCAGAGUUCUGUUCCAAUGACAGUGACUGCCCCAAUGAUGAAAAAUGCUGCUUCAAUGGAUGUGGGCAUAACUGCAUUGCACCGACACAGAGGUUCACGCCGGACUUGAGUCUUGAAGUCAGCAUGGACAUGAAUUUGUCAGCGCGUUGUGCUUUGGUUCUUUUUCUGUUGGCAUUUGUAGAUUUGAAAAUAGUCUCUGCUGCAGAACCGGGAGGCACAUCUACAGAAAAGCCUGGAGUGUGCCCUACACCAUCGGGCCCGGGGCUUUGUGUAGAGUCAUGUUCCCAUGACAGUGACUGCCCCAAUGAUAAAAAAUGCUGCUCCAAUGGAUGUGGGCAUGUCUGCAUUGCACCGUACACAGCAAAGCCUGGAGUGUGCCCUCGUAGACGAUGGGGUUCAGGGACGUGUGCAGAGUUAUGUUCCCAUGACAGUGACUGCCCCAAUGAUGAAAAAUGCUGCUACAAUGGAUGUGGGCAUGACUGCAUUGCACCGUACACAGCAAAGCCUGGAGUGUGCCCUCGUAGACGAUGGGGUUCAGGGACGUGUGCAGAGUUCUGUUCCAAUGACAGUGACUGCCCCAAUGAUGAAAAAUGCUGCCACAAUGGAUGUGGGCAUAACUGCAUUGCACCGACACAGAACAACAACCCAACCCCUCCGAGUUUUUCAACUGGUCGUUCAGAACUGCCCCGCUUCCGUUUAUUUGAACGAUGCCCAACGUUUUUUCAUACUGAACGCGGUCCAGGUCUCUCUUCUAUUAAAUCUAUUUGGACUAUUUGCUCCAAGUACAGUCUUGAAGACAGUUUGGAAAUGAAUUCGUCAGCGCUUUGUGCUUUGGUUAUUGUUCUGUUGGCAUUUGAUUUGAAAAUAAUCUCUGCUGCAGAAACUGGAGGCAAUUCUACAGUGCCAAUCCUCCCAAAGGCAGGUCAGUGCCCGCGGCUUCUGAACGUGGUGCCAUCACAAAAGGGAUGCUUUUGCGAUGAGGACUGUCCUGGAGAUGACAAAUGCUGCGUAUUUGACUGCGGCGCAGUGUGUGUCCCACAUGCCUUCACAAAGCCUGGAGUGUGCCCUCGCAGACGAUGGGGUUCAGGCAUGUGUGCCGAGUUCUGUUCCAAUGACAGUGACUGCCCCAAUGAUGAAAAAUGCUGCCACAAUGGAUGUGGGCAUGAGUGCAUUGCACCGUACACAGUGAAACCUGGUCGCUGUGCCCUGCCUAAGGGGACCCCCAUGUGUGCUGAGUUCUGUUACCAUGACGGCCAGUGCCCCGAGGAACAGAAGUGUUGCCGGACAACCUGCGGCCACGCCUGCAGUGAGCCCUGCUCAUAGGACAGCAAGGUUUGGGUCUGGAGAGAAGUGACAACACUCAUAGACUCCUCAAAUCAUUUCAAUAAAAAAAAGAAGAGUUCUCCUUCAAGAAGAGGAAUGCUUGUUGUUUUUUUUUAAGGGGGAGUUGUACUUGUUUGUAUUCCAAUCAAUAAAGCGGUAUGUGCAGCCUUUA